AUGUACCCCGUGUUCAUGUUCAAGCCUCAGGGAUCAACUGAAGUGACGUUGACGCCUAGCCCUUGUGGUUCAAAACGAACAUUGAAGUUAAGCUUGCAGAAGUUGCCGUUUGUCAACGCAAUUGCUUCGACAAUCUACAAGAUCCAAGGCGAGACAAUGGAAUCGCUUGUUGUCGCGGAUUGGAAAGCACGUGGCUCCAAGACGAACAAGGUUGUCAACACUUGUCAACAAAGAUACAUCGCCAUCUCCCGAUUGACCAAGCGUGAUGGGUUUUCAGCACUGAAGCCGCUGACCAAUGCAUGCAUUCAGUACUUUCAGCCGAGCAACGGCACAAUUACAGAGAGCUUGAGGGUGGAGCAACUGUUUGCGCUGUAUCUAUCCCGCAACGAAAACACUGCCGUGUUCAGCUCCAGUGAUUUCUACGCCUUGAAGUCGACUCUACCUGCAGCUCCAGUAGCAGUCGCUCGGCUGGCCAAACGCAAACUCUGUGUUUUGGACCUCAUGGAGAGCACUCCUGCAACAAACGAGAUAUCAAUGGCUCGGCCAAAGCGGACUGUGUUGGAUCGAAUGGAGAAGAGCCCUUCAACAAUUGAAGUUGCCAGGGUCCAACCAAAGUCAAGUGUUUUGGCGGUGAUGCAGCGAGGCUUCAGUUGGGCGUACCGAGGACUUGUUCUCGCAACCAUCUUUCAGAAUCCAAGCACCCCCAUCGGCGAUGUCCUUGCCACCUUGUCGCUGAGUUCUCCGCCUCCUCAAAACAAAGGCAAAGCGAGGCGUGACCUAUCUCGCGAUGAGAGAUUGAGUUACGUAUCGACGGCGCAGGCUCACCAUGUCAACUUGGCUUCGCUGCUGUAG